AUUUCCUCUUUAUCUCAUAAAACACCCGUUUCUUCUUCUAAUCUUAACUUCUUCUUCAUCAAUCACACAUCAUCUAAAAGAAAAACAACCUACGAUAAAAUUCAGAAACUUUUUCUCUGAGACACCAAAAAAGGAAGGUGACCCUCCUUCUCUAAUCGAUUGCUUAAUCAUUUCUGCCGUUGGAUUGAAUCGAAAAAGGGCGAAUUAUUUAAAAAGCUUCAGAAUUUGAAAUCGAAAUCUGUGAGUACUGUUGUGUUUGUGGAAGAGAGAGUUUUGGGGUUUAAUAAUGGCGAAAGCUGGAGGGAUCACGAACGCAGUAAACGUAGGAAUCGCUGUUCAAGCAGAUUGGGAGAAUCGAGAAUUUAUCUCACAUAUCUCUCUUAAUGUUCGUCGUCUCUUCGAAUUCCUUGUUCAAUUUGAAUCAACCACAAAGAGCAAGUUGGCUUCUUUGAAUGAGAAGUUGGAUCUGUUGGAACGUCGCUUGGAAAUGCUGGAGGUGCAAGUAAGUACCGCGACAGCAAAUCCUUCUCUGUUUGCGACGUGAAACACCGUAGACGAUAUCGAAAUCGAAACCGAGCCUGAUCCUUUGGCUUUAACAGAAGAAGUCUGUUGUUGAAUGUGUACCAUUGAAUGAUUCUUUCUUUCUUCACAUAGCUGUGGUAGUAAGUAAACUAGUAGCUUAAAAUAUGAAUCUAUUCAUAAAUAUGUGUAUCUUUUUUCUGUCCAUUAAGAUCUCUUUUGAAUGACAAGUCAUUUCGUUGAACUCUUGAAGUUUUUGCUUUCUUCUGCUGUUGAUUUAUAAACUUUGCAGAGGUACCCUUUUCAUCUUCUAUGCAUCGGAUUUGUAUAUUCGUCUUUUCUCUUAAAGUGGAACACAUGUAAAACGCUCUUGUUGCCCAUUUUUUCUUUUUCAUCAAUGGAGGAAGAAAAAACCGAAAAAG